AUGGAGGGGUUCGUAGUAUGCUCAUCAUCAGAGUCGAUCGAUAGCGUCUUUCCUGGUAGCACUUGUCUUUUCCCGCUUAAUGUGGCGCGUCAAGCGUUGAUUCGAGAGCAGCAAGCGGGAUUCCUACCAGGUAGAUGUUGCACUGACCAGAUCUUCGCACUGCCUCAGGUUUACCCAUCUGUUCUCCAUAACAAGCUUUCUUGGCAAGGGUGUUCUCAGACUUUUAAGAUUGCGACCUUAUUUGCAGAGCUGCGUAAGGGCUUCCACACACAAGGUGUUAUCCGACAUGGAUACCCACUCUCUCCAUCCUCGUUCCUAUUCGUGCUCGACGAGUCAAUCAGAGGAACACUGAAAAGUCUUCAAAGCCCUCAUAUUCGAGUAGCUGCUGACAAAAUUCUCCAUCUGGAAUACGCAGACGAUGUCGUUUUCUGUUCCACGCUGGUAGUAUUUUUGGAUGGACCGAAAAAAUUAAUUCAGUCCUUUGGCACGCGCUUUGCACCUCUAAAGUGUAAGGUCAUUAUUCUGGACAUGCUGUCACCCACCAUCAUCAUCAUCAUCAUCAUCAAUGACAGCACUGAUGCUUCACUGCCGUACAACCAUAAACCCUACACUGAGGAGAAGAGAAAAAGAGUGGGUGAGGGAGAGGACCUAGUGCUGGCCUAUGUCAAGCAUACUGAGUGCAAAAUAUCCGUACUAAAAUAUGAGGAAGUAGCAGGAUCGGAUGGCCUGUAUCUAUCCCUGUUCAAAGAAGAUGUAGAACGCGUGGUAACCCAUCUGACAAAGCCUAUUGGUGCUACAUGGAACGAACAGAAGGUGCAUGCAGAGUGA